GUUCAGGGGUCGGAGUUGAGAGGAGAGGGAGAUGGCGGCUCCCAUGGGCGAGGUGUUCUGGCUGUGCAGCGAUCCCACGGAGGCCGGGACCCGGAUGGAGGUUCGGGAGGGGGGGCCCAAGGGAAAGGGACUCUUUGCCACUAAGGCUAUAAGGAAAGGAGAGACGAUCUUUGUGGAGCAGCCCUUGGUUUCUGCCCAAUUUCUCUGGAACGCCUUGUACAAGUACAGAGCAUGUGAUCACUGUAUGAGGUCGCUGGAGACAGCCGAGGAGAACAGCAGAAGACUGUCGGGAAAUCCCAGCCUGAACCUUCCCCAUCCAGAGCAGUGCACUGUCCGGAAGGAGCUCUUUGAUACUUGUCCUAUGUGCCAGGUACUCUACUGCAGCACUGAGUGUAAACAGGCUGCACUGAAGCAAUAUCAUCAGGUCCUGUGCCUUGGUCCUUCAAAGGAUGACCCCCAGCACCCUCUGAACAAGCUGCAGGAAGGAUGGAGGAAUAUGCAUUACCCUCCAGAGACUGCGAGCAUUAUGCUAAUGGCCAGAAUGGUUGCCAUAGUGAAACAGGCUAAAGACAAAAGCCGCUGGAUGAAGCUCUUCUCUCAGUUCUGCAGCCGAACGGCCAAUGAGGAGGAGCUGAUCGUUCAUAAACUGAUCGGGGACAAGUUCAAGGGUCAGCUGGAAAUGCUACGGCAGCUCUUCACCAAAGCUCUGUAUGAGGAGAGCCUCAGCCAGUGGUUUACACCAGAGGGAUUCCGCUCGCUGUUUGCUUUGGUUGGAACCAAUGGACAAGGCAUUGGGACCAGCUCACUGAGUCAGUGGGUCCACGGCUGUGACGCACUCGAGCUUCCUGGGCAACUUCGAGAGGAGCUGGAUGGGUUCAUUGACCAGUUGUACAAAGACAUCGAGAGAGAGAGCGGCGAGUUUCUGAACUGUGAGGGAUCCGGACUGUACAUCCUACAGAGCUGCUGUAACCACAGCUGUAUCCCCAACGCCGAAACCACCUUUCCGGAGAACAACUUCCUCCUUCACCUGACUGCACUACAGGACAUCCUGGCCGGGGAGGAGAUCUGCAUCACCUACCUGGACUGUUGCCAACGUGAGCGGAGCAGGCACUCCCGGCACAGGAUCCUCAGGGAGAACUACCUGUUCGUCUGCUCCUGUCCAAAGUGCGUGGCUCAGGCCGAUGACCCAGACUUGACCUCGGAGGAAGAGGAGGAGGUGGAGGGUGAGGCAGAGAGCGCGGAGCUCGAGGAUGAGAUGACGGAUGUUUAGAGCAGUCGGAGUCCGGGGGGAGGACUGUGGCUGAGCACCUCUGUGUCACUAAUGCAAUAACCACACUGAGACAUCCAUUACAUGCUCACGAACCCGCGCGCGAGGCACUCGGUCCACCUCACCGGCAGGCUGGUCACUUAAUCAGGCCAGUCUCUGAGUGAGUGGGAAAGGAUUUGGGGGAAAAUGGGAGGGAGGAGUGGGGGGAGGGGUGCUGGUUCCACAGAGGGUGUCUGCCCCCUCUCCCCGCUCCUGCUGUGGAGGGCGUGGUUCCUAACGCCCCACAUGGCAACGCAGGGAAGUCACGAUCACUGUGUGCUCCAGGGCUUUCUCCUGAUGGUCCCCCUUGGCAUUGCAGUGGUGGUUUUGCAAGGGCAGUGGACGAGGCAGGCGGUAUGCAAAGGCAGCUCUCGCUGCAAUCUCAGUCAACUGACCCCGACGGCAGCACCCGGUGUGGCCCACGGGAAAGGUGGGGCCUGGGGCCAGCACCUGGGGGGAGCUUGGGUGCUGGGGUUAUGGUGAAGUCCAUGUCCCACGGCUCAUGGGGCGGAGGGAGUCAGCUUCUCGAGCUGGGUAGGAACGGAUGGUGUCUGCUGUCGGGCAAGGGACUGGCUUUUUGUGGAACAUUCAUUCUCAGUCUAACUGCUGGGAAAUCAUGUGAAACAUUUCAACUCGGCAACUGUGUGUUUGUGUGAGAUACGGUGUGUGUGUCUCUGUGAGAGAGAGGUGUGUGUGUGUCUGUGUGAGAGAUAUGGGGGGUGUGUGUCUGUGUGUGUGAGAGAGAGAGAGAUGGGGGGUGUGUGUGUCUCUCUCUCUGAGAGGGUGUGUGUGUGUCUGAGAGAGGGUGUGUGUGAGAGACGGGGUGUGUGUGUGUCUGAGAGAUACGGUGUUUGUGUGUGAGAUACAGGAUGUGUGUGUGUCUGUGUGAGAGAUACGGGGUGUAUGUGUGUGUCUGAGAGAUACGGUGUGUGAGAGAUAUGGGGGGUGUGUGUGUUUCUGUGUGUGCAUGAGAGAUACGGGGUGUGUGUCUUUGUGUGAAAGAUGGGUGUGUGUGUGUGUCUAUGUGUGAGAUAUGGGGUGUCUGUGUCUGGGGGGGGGGUACGGGGUGUGUGUGUGAGAUACAGGGUAUGUGUGUGUAUGUGUGAGAGAAAGAUGUGGGGUGUGUGUGUGUGUGAUACGAUCUGUGUGAGUGUUUGAAGGGAUGGUACCAGGAGUGCCCGACACACCUGUCCCCAUGGUGAAAGUCACCAGCGUGGCCUGUGAACCACAUUUGCAUUGCCAGCCAGCCUCGGUGAGAUACGUUCAGCCAUCGGAACGUGGAGCCAGACCUGGCACUGUCGGGACUGGUUUACACACAGGACAGCGAGAGGUUCCCCACUGACCGGGGUUCCUGCUCCCACAAGGUGCCUGCCAGGGAGCAACUCCUGGGAGGACGAGAGUGAAUGGGGAAGCACCUUGAGGCGGCAAAAUGCAGGUGUGGGGAGGGAGAUGACCCCUCGUGUGAUCGCGGACUGCUCACUCCUACUGGACAGUGCGGUGUGGUGACGGUGGAGGGCAGGAUUGUGUUGUGGCGUUACCCUUGUGUGGAGCUGGUGUAGGAAUCCCACGCCCCAGGAGACAAUGAGGCUGGAGAGGACAACAAGGAGAAAUAGAAUAUUUUUUAUGUUACAAUUAGUGGAGAGAAAAGAGAUUCUAUAUAAACACUUUCCUUUAAAACAGACAUCGUUGAUUAGUCGGACCAUCUCUGGGUCGGUCACACACGAGCUGACAAUAUCAGCCACUGUCCCAAAGCACUGAGGUGCAACCCAGUUUAAAUGUGCUCAAUAAAGGGUUUAAGAAAUAAAUCGGGACUGUGUUCUCUCACUCUCUCUCAUCCUCUGACAUGUUCAAGCUGCUGAUCUUUAACAGGAGGCUGACUGUCAAUCAGGCCCUUCGGCCCACUGAGUCUAUGCCAACGCAUUUACACUGAUCCCAUCUCAUUCUCCCCACAUUCCCAUCAACUCCCCCAGAUUCGGCCCACUCACCCACGCAUUGGGAGCGGCCGAUUAACCCACCGACCCUGCACGUCGUUUGGACGUGGGCAGAAACCGGAGCACCCAAGGGGAGCCCACGUGGUCACAGGGAGAACGUGCGAACUCCACACAGCGCCAGAGGUUGGGUUCGAACCCGGGUCUCUGGAGCUGUGAGGCAGUGGCUCUACCCGCUGUGUCACCAUGCUCCCUGUACCUGCAACCAGUAAAUCGUUCCCGAAAUCUGUGGGUGAGCACGUUCUGCGCUGUCCCUGAUGAGGCCGUCAUUGUAACGCGAGGGUAUUAAUAAACUUACAGAUGGGUAAAUGGGGUUCAACACAGGUAAAUGUCAAGUAAUAGUUUUUGGGAGGGAGGUCACUUAUGGUGCGGAAGGGACAAGACUGGGUAGUGUACAGGAACACUGGGAUCUGGGAGCACAAACACACCAGGAGUUGUGCCGCAGGUUAACAAGGCCACAGAGGAAGCAAACCAAGCGUUCCAGGGAUAUUUCCAGAGAGAGAGACAGAGAGAAAUGCUUGCUACAGAAAUACCCAAGGCCAUGUGGAGGGUGCAGAGAUUUACAAGGAUCAUUACCAGAAAGGGUGUACCACAAGGACAGAAUGAACAGACUGGGUCACAGAGUAACACAGCACACAAACAGGCCCUUUGGCCCAACUCAUCUAUGCCAACCAAGGUGCCCACCUGAGCUGGGCUCAGUUCCCCGCAUUGGGCUCCAAUCCCUCUAAAUCUUUCUUAUCUAUGAACCUGUCCAAAUGUCUUUUAAACAUAACCUCUACCAAUUCCUCUGGCAGCUUGUUCCAUAUCCCCAGCACCCUCUGCCUUGUGUGAAAAAGUUGCCCCUCAGGUCCCCUUUAAAUCUUUCCCCUCUCACCAUAACCCUGUGCCCUCUAGUUUUAGACUCUCCUACCCCAGGAAAAAGGCUGUGACCUUCCACCCUGUCUAUGCCCCUCAUGAAUGUAUAAACCUCUGUAACGUCACCCCUCAGCCUCCAAUGAUCCAAGGAAGACAGUCCCAGCCUUUCCUUAUAACUCAAACCCCUCGUGAAUCUUUUCUGCACCUUUUCCAGCUUAAGGACACCCUUCCUAUAGCUGGGCGACCAGAACUACACACAACGCUCCAAGUGUGGUCUCACCAACAACUUGUACAGCUGUAACAUUUGGGACUUAAAGCUCCCAAUUUCUUUCACAGGCACACAGGGCUUGUUCUGACAGCGGAGUGGGAUGUCCGACAUGACCUCUCCUCCCUGACCCCUCCAAAUCAACCUAUACCCACCCUCACCACCUAAAUAAGUCAAUGACUUCCACUCUAUCAGGUCCCUUUGCUUUGGAGGAAUGGUGGCUUGGUUGUGACCCAAUGAGAGCAAGUGAGAUAGUGGCCCAUUCAGCUCCUUGUGUCUGCUCCACCACUCAACGUCACAGCUGAUGCACCUCAGUGCUCCUCUCCUGCACUAAGAUGUCCCACACUGCUAUCGAUCUACAUCCUGAACAAUGGCUCCACAGUGCCCUCCAGGGCAGAGACCCAAAGGUUCAUCACUCUCUGGGUGAAGAAAUUUCAUCCUGGUCCUGAAUGGUCAACCCUUUGUUUUGAGACCUUAAUCUCCUUAAUACCUCAGUCAAGGGCAUUGUCCCUGCAUCUACGCCAAUGAGCCCUGUAAGAAUUCUGUGCAUUUCAAUGAGAUUACUGCUCAUUCUUCUAAACACUGGAGCGUUGUCCUAGUCUGUUCAAUCCCUCCUUGUGCAGUAAACUUGCCAACGCAGGAGCCCGGCUGGUGAAUCUUUGCAGCACGGCUUCUAUAGCAAGUCCCUCCUUUUGGAGGUACGGAAGACCAGAACUGGACCCAGUAGUUCAGGUACUGACUCAUUAAGGCCCUCUACAGUUUCAGUAAGGUGAGCAAGAGAGAUUCCGGGUCUCAACCCAAAACAUCAACCGUCCCUCUGCCUCCACAGAUGCUGCCUGACCAGCUGAGUUUGUCCAGCAUUUUUUUUAAGCUACAAUUUCAGAAAGACUUCCUGACUCCUUUUCAGAAUUAAGGCUAACCCACUAUUUGCUCUCCUACUCAGUGACUGUGUACCAGCACACCAGACCCCUUUGAACGUCAACACUACCCAAUCUCUCGCCAUUUAACAAAUACUCUGCUGUUUUGUGUUCACUAUAAAGGCAGACCUCUCAUUUUUCUGCCUGAUAUUUCAUCUGCCCACGUUCUCCCCCACUCAGCAUGUCCACAUCCCCCAAAGCCUCUUUACGCCCUGCUCCCCACUCACAAUCCCACAGUUUUGUCAGCAAACAUAACGUUUGGUAACCUUGGACGAAUCAAUGAUACAGAUUGUGACUCGUUGGGUCCAAGCACCAAUCCCCCGGUAACCAGCCUAUCAAUUCCCACUCAUUGCUUUCUGUCUGAUGACCAAUUCUCAAUCCACAUCAGUAGAUCACCCCAACUCCAUGUGCUUUGUCCUUACUGACUAACCAACCUCCCUUGUGGGGCCUUUUGAAAACCUGGACAUCCAAAUACAUCCUCUGGUUCCCCGUCUCUGUUCUGCAAGUCCCAUCCUCAAGGACUCCAGCAGAUUAAUCAAAUGAGAUUCUCCAUUGUGACUGCUCAGUCCUACUAUCCUUUUCAAGAUGUUCUGUUCUGUUCCAAUCCAGUGACCCUGCUCCUCGCUCACUCUGAGACCCAUUUUGUUCUGCUGUAAACAAGGAGACUAGAACAUGAACCCCAAAUGAAGUCUCGCCAAAUGUUAUUUUCAGGGGUUGUGUGAAUCACAGGCAAAGCUACCUCUUAUUGGUGCCUAAACUGUGUGCCUUACUGGGCUACUUUGGAGACUUUAUUUUACAGAUCAGCCUCAUUACUGUGGGUCCCAACUCACACUGAAGUCAGAUGGGGUCAAGACAGAAGAUUUGUUCUCCUGAUGCCACCAGUAGACCAGAUGAGCUUUCAAUGAUGAUCUGACUAAAGCUGGUGACCAUUCCCAAAACUGACUUUUUAUUCCAGAUUUAUUUGUUAACUCUAUUUAAUGAGUUCAGUUUAGUUUCAUAGGUGCAAUGAAAUUCCUUGCUUGUGUUAAGAUUAACUUCCUCAUCUGUCGUGGAUUUGAACCACGCACCAUGGAAACAGGCCCUUUGGCCCACCGAGUCUGUGCCAACCCUCGUCCAUCCAUUCACACUGAUCCCACUUUAUUCUUCCCACACUCCCAUCAACUCCCCCCAGAUUCUACCCCUCAACUACACGCCAGGGGGCAAUUUACAGCGGCCAAUUAACCUACCGAUCCACACAUUGUUGGGAUGUGGGAGGAAACUGAAGCACCCGGGGGAAACACACACGGUCAAAGGGAGAGCGUGCAAACUCCACACAGACGGAGGCGGAGGGCAGGAUCAAACCUGGGUCGCUGGAAAUUAAGGAAGUGGCUCUUCCCGCUGUGCCACUGUGGCUCCAGAGCUGCCAAUUACUAUUUCAGGGGCUCACCGUUAGGCUACAGAACCCACGUGAGCAGGGAUAGUCAGCCACGGUUCCUGCCCCAGUUCCUCCUGGUCACAGGACAGAAGGGCCCAGAUGCUGACCCCUGGGUCAGAGCAACCUCCACUGAGGAUCGGGCAACAGGUCUACCCCGGAACCUGCGGGAGAGGCUGAGUGGGGAACAAACUGCUUAGGAGCUGAAACUGAAGGAAGGAUUC